UCUUUCAACAGCAGCAACAGUCAGUCAGCCACCUCGGUAGCUUGCUAGACAAAAUACUCAACCAAUAAAGCUCUUUAGAGUAUAGUAGCUACUGUGUUUUAAACACACUCCUGUCGUCAAGUUAGUUAUCCGAUUUACGGUGUUGUUGUUAUUGGUCAUCUAGCGGGCUGGUUAAGUUAGCAUUAGCCUAGCUAGCUAACAUCCCCGACCAUGAGCUCACUAAGCUACUCUCCUCCUGCUAUAGAAGAGGAUGUCUGCUGGACGGAGAAAGAAGUUCUCGUGAAAGAAGAGGAGGAAGAGGAGGCUGUUACAAUACAAAAACAAGUAGAGGAUGAGGCUGUUACCGUGAAAGAAGAAGAGAAAGACGUUUCAGUGAAAGAAGAGGAAGAUGCGUUCAGAGUGAAAGAGGAGGAGGAAGAGAAAGAGGAGGAUGCCGUUUUUGGAGUGAAAGAGGAGGAGGGGGAGAUGACUGUUACAUCGAAAAAGGAGGAGGAAGAAGAGGAGGAAACUGGUUAUCUGGGCCCGGUUUCCCAAAGGCAACUUAAGGCGUCCAAUGGUUCAAACAAUGAACUUAGCUGUAAAAGGAUUUUGAGAAACCGGGCCUUGAUUAACACUAGAGAAGGAUGUGACUAUUGUGGAUCCUCUGGGGAGCCUCAACAUCAUCAUGAAGCUGAUGUGACAGAGAAAAAAUUACAAUCACACCAGAGAAUACACACAGGAGAGAAAUCUUUUAGCUGUGAUGAAUGUGGGAAGAGUUUUACUCAGUCAAGCAACCUGAUAUCCCACCAGAAAAUACACACCGGAGAGAAGCCUUACCACUGCUCUGACUGCGGAAAGAGGUUCUCAAGAGCAGAGAACCUAAAAGUACACCAGAGAAUCCAUACAGGAGAGAAACCUUAUAGCUGCUCUGACUGUGUGAAAAGUUUUUUUUUGUCAGCACAUUUAAAAUCACACCAGAGAAUACAUACAGGAGAGAAACCUUAUAGCUGUGAUGAAUGUGGGAAAAGUUUUACUCAGUCAAGCAACCUGAUAUCCCACCAGAGGAUACACACUGGAGAGAAAUGUCACAGCUGCUCUGAAUGUCGGAAGAGAUGCACCACUUUAUCAGACCUCAAAAGACACCAGAGAAUUCACACGGGAGAGAAACCUUAUAGCUGUGACCAAUGUGGGAAGAGUUUUGUUUCAUCUAGCCAGCUGACUGUACACCAGAGAACACACACAGGAGAGAAAUGUCAUAGCUGUGAUCAAUGUGGGAAGAGUUUUACUCAGUCAAAGAACCUGAUAUCACACCAGAGAAUGCAUACAGGAGAGAAGCCUUACCACUGUUCUGACUGCGGGAAGAGUUUCCCCAGAUCAGAUUCACUAAAAAGACACCAGAGAACACACACAGGCGAGAACCCUCUUAGCGAGAAAUCUCAUAGCUGUGAUCAAUGUGACAAGAGAUACUCUGAUAAAAGAUCUCUGAUCAAACACCAGAAAAUACAUGAAGGAGUUUCUCCGACCAUGAGUUCACUAAGCUACUCACCCCCUGCUACAGAAGAGGGGGUCUGCUGGACGGAGAAAGAAGCUCUCGUGAAAGAGGAGGAGGAAGACGAGGCUGUUACAAUACAAAAACAAGUAGAGGGUGAGGCUGUUACCGUGAAAGAAGAAGAGAAAGACGUUUCAGUGAAAGAGGAGGAAGAGUCGUUCAGAGUGAAAGAGGAGGAGGAUGUUACAUUAAAAGAAGAGGAGGAGGAGAAAGAGGAGGAUGCAGUUUUUGGAGUUAAAGAGGAGGGGGAGAUGAAUGUCACAUCGAAAAAGGAGGAGGAGGAAGAAGAGGAGGAAACUGGAUAUCUGGGCCUGGUUUCCCAAACGCAUCUUAAGGCAUCCAAUGGUUCUAAAGGUGAACUUAGCCAUAAGAUGGUUUUGAGAAACCGUUCCCUGAUUAACACUAGAGAAGGAUGUGACUAUUGUGGAUCCUCUGGGGAGCCUCAACAUCAUCAUGAAGCUGAUGUGACAGAGAAAAAAUCACAAUCACACCAGAGAUUACAGACAGGAGAGAAACCUUUUAGCUGUGAUGAAUGUGGGAAGAGUUUUACUCAGUCAAGCAACCUGAUAUCCCACCAGAGAAUACACACUGGAGAGAAGCCUUACCACUGCUCUGACUGCGGAAAGAGGUUCUCAAGAGCAGAGAACCUAAAAGUACACCAGAGAAUCCAUACAGCAGAGAAACCUUAUAGCUGCUCUGACUGUGGGAAGAGUUUUUUUUUGUCAGCACAUUUAAAAUCACACCAGAGAAUACAUACAGGAGAGAAACCUUAUAGCUGUGAUCAAUGUGGGAAGAGUUUUACUCAGUCAAGCAACCUGAUAUCCCACCAGAGGAUACACACUGGAGAGAAAUGUCACAGCUGCUCUGAUUGUGGGAAGAGAUGCACCACUUUAUCAGACCUCAAAAGACAUCAGAGAAUCCAUACAGGAGAGAAAUGUCAUAGCUGUGAUCAAUGUGGGAAGAAGUUUACUCAGUCAAAGAACCUGAUAUCACACCAGAGAAUGCAUACAGGAGAGAAGCCUUACCACUGUUCUGACUGCAGUAAGAGUUUCCCCAGAUCAGAUUCACUAAAAAGACACCAGCGAACACACACAGGCGAGAACCCUCUUAGCGAGAAAUCUCAUAGCUGUGAACAAUGUGACAAGAGAUACUCUGAUAAAAGAUCUCUGAUCAAACAUCAGAAAAUACAUACAUGAAAGAGUUGUUCCAUGAUAUCAAUGAAAUAAUGUCACAGUGUAGAAUGUUUUAACAUUGUAGUAGGAGUAUUUUAAUGAUGUCACAAUGUAGAAUGUUUUAACAUUGUAGAAGGAGUAUUUUAAUAAUGUCACAAUGUAGAAUGUUUUAACAUUGUAGUAUGAGUAUUUUAAUGAUGUCACAAUGUUGUAGGAGUAUUUUAAUGAUGUCACAAUGUAGAAUGUUUUAACAUUGUAGAAGGAGUAUUUUAAUAAUGUCACAAUGUUUUAACAUUGUAGUACGACUAUUUUAAUGAUGAAAAAUCCAGGUUCUGAAUUGAAAGAGUACUAUUUAACAUAAAAAGUGUUGUGUUACACUUACUUCGUUGGUGACCCACUUGAAUUAAAAUGCAACACUUCAAAAUGUAGCUCGCUGUUUGCUACAAAUUGUGCUCUAACCAGUGAUGUAACAUUAUUCACUGAUUCCGUGUGGUUUUUGAUCUGUUAGUUUUAACAGGAUAUGCAACGUCAUCUCCCCCCCUCUCGUGAAAUUUAUUUCCAAGGGAUAUCGAUAUGAGUGAUGACAAAUAAGUGUUGCAUUUCUCUUAGUUUUGGGGACAACUAUAUUUAAAUGCAUCACUCCAAAAGGAAUAUGACUGUCUUCUGCUAAUUGUCGAUAUUCCACUAUUGAAGAAGCAUGACUCAAAUCACCUCAUAUUUCAAACAUUCAGCCUGACAAAAGAUACAUGUUUUAUUAUUCUAUUCCUCACCAUUAAGUGAAUUAUUGCUAAUACCUAUUAACCAUUAUGUAGGUUGGUGGAAAUGAUCCACCCGUUAUGUAGGUUGGUGGAAAUGAUCCAACCAUUAUGUAGGUUGGUGGAAAUGAUCCAACCAUUAUGUAGGUUGGUGGAAAUGAUCCAACCAUUAUGUAGGUUGGUGGAAAUGAUCCAUCCAUUAUGUAGGUUGGUGGAAAUGAUCCAACUAUUAUGUAGGUUGGUGGAAAUGGUCCAACCAUUAUGUAGGUUGGUGGAAAUGAUCCAACCAUUAUGUAGGUUGGUGGAAAUGAUCCAACCAUUAUGUAGAUUGGUGGAAAUGAUCCAACCAUUAUGUAGGUUGGUGGAAAUGAUCCAACCAUUAUGUAGGUUGGUGGAAAUGAUCCAACCAUUAUGUAGGUUGGUGGAAAUGAUCCAACCAUUUUGUAGGUUGGUGGAAAUGAUCCAACCAUUAUGUAGGUUGGUGGAAAUAUAUCCAACCAUUAUGUAGGUUGGUGGAAAUGAUCCAACCAUUAUGUAGGUUGGUGGAAAUCCCCAUUGACUGAGGAUGAGGGGUCUCCAUUUUGUAGAUGUGUAAUAAUGAUGUUGAAUAAUAAUAAACUACAUUCAUC